AUUAGCUCCGGAUCGCGAUGACUCCCACGACAAUAGAUGGCGUCACGAUACGCAUCAUGCGCCCAGAGGAUUAUGCACAGGUAAAAGCCUAUAUGGAGGCUGAGUACUACACAUCGGAGCCUCUGUGCCAGUCCAGCGGCGAACCCGUUCACCAGCAGAACGAGGAGAUCAACGACGCCUUCAACCAGUCGAUAAUCGCCGAGGGCACCAGCCUUUUGGCACUGGAUGAAAACGAUGGUGGCCGGAUUGUGGGUCUAGUUCUGGCAUGUGCCAGUUAUCCCGAUAAUGUGAAUGCAGGAACAUUGAAUUUGAAGCUCGAGAAUGUGGAGGAUAACGCUUGGGGUCGAAUGUAUCAUUUACUAAUGAAGGCCAAGCGCGAAGUCAAUCUGUUUGAGCGCUACGACAUCCCGAAGGCGCUCUACUCCCACGUGACCAGCGUGGCCUCGUGGAAGAGGGGCAAGGGCCUGGGCUCCCGCCUGGCCGCCACCCUGAUGGAGCUGGGCCGAUCGAAUGGUUUCCCCCUUAUGAUGGCCUUCUGCACUAGCUUCUACUCCGCUCGCCAGAAGGGGGCCUUGGGCAUGGAGUGCAUCUAUUCCAUCGACUACGCCGACUAUAAGGACGAUGAAGGACGAGUGAUCUUCACACCGGCAGCCCCACACACAAAGCUGCGAGUGAUGGCAAUCAAACUGUGACAGUUGAUAACAAAUAACUGAGUCGAGGAAUUUAAAUAAAUUAUAUAACUAU